UGCAGUCAGGCUCUCGUUCAUGCUUACAACCACCAAAGGGUACAUGGGUCACAAUACAGUAGACAAGAUGUUUGCGUUGCUUUCGUUGUUUAACUAAAAAGCGGUGAAACAAGGGCACUGUUAGGAGAGAAUUCAUCAUUCACCGCGAAGACACACAUGUGAAGAACCCCCUUGCAUAAAGGGUUGGACUCAAGUCUUUACAAAAUACUGGCUCUGUACAAAAUUCGGCAUAAAGCCGUUUUAGCAGUGCGGGAACCUGGUUUUCGCCGCUUUCUUCGGCGUUUUGUAAUCUCAGGAGUUGCGUCAGCUGUUCGUUUACUCUGGAAGCUUGUUCACCAGCUACCCCAAAUGAACCUGACCGCGGCCGGUCAGCGCGCUGUCCUGAAAGCUGGUUGGCACCUUCCUGUAGGCUAUACACCGUAACCCUAACGUGUGCAGUGGUAUUCAAUUCAACACGUGGUUUCCUGUCCACCACUGUUCACUUUGUGUACAAGCGGCCCACCAGCUCUGUGCACAGCGGCGCUGGUGUGAGUGCAUGGAGCCGAUCGAGUCCACUGUACUGGUGUGAUAUAGCGCUGUCAGUGCUGUACCGAGGUAGUCGUGCUGGGUCGAUGUCAUACGGCUUGGCCAUGGCUUCGGCUUCAGCAUCGGCGUCGGCUUCUGACAGCGUGGAUUCCAAAGCAGAGCUGUCCUCCCUGUUGGAGCAGUGGGAGAGGGAGCAGCAGGGCAGCACACAGGACCUGGUCAGCAUUCUCACCAAAAUCUCUGAGCUCAUUGAGCGAGAAACAGAGGAAUAUCAUAAAGCUGACCCUGAUCCUUUUGAUGACAGGCAUCCUGGAAGAGCAGAUCCAGAGUGCAUGUUGGGACAUUUACUUAAAAUCCUUUUCAAGAAUGAUGACUUUAUGAAUGCGUUGGUAAACACGUAUGUGAUGACAAGCCGUGAGCUGUCUCUGAACACGGCUGCCUGUCGUCUCCUCCAGAACAUCAUGCCAGGUCUGGAGACUGCUGUCGUGUUUCAGGAAAAGGAGGGCAUUGUGGAGAAGCUAUUUAAGUGGGCCCAGGAAGCCGAGCAGCCUCUGAGGACCUACGCCACUGGGCUCCUAGCUGGAGCCAUGGAGAACCAAGACAUAGCUGCCAACUACAGGGAAGAGAACUCACUGCUGGUGCCCCUCAUGCUGCAGCGAUUACGUGAACUCCAGGAGAAGGAUGCAGAGAGCAGACAGGAGUUCAAGCGGCCGAGCCCGAGGAAGGCUCUCGAGCCAUUGCUGCCCCUUGAUGAGGAGGCAGUGGAUGGGGAAUUUAAUGAUACAGCUCUGGACGGUCAGGAGGAGAAAGAGGGCCUGGAAGACAGUGAUGUGGAAUUUCACCUGAACUCUCGCCACAAAACCAGCAGCCGGGUCAGCUCCACUGUCAAGCCCGAGCUGGACGAAGCUGAUGGGAAAAAGAACACAUCUGUGAAGAAGACGGAACGGGAGAAUGGGAGGAAAGCAAAGCAGAAACUGAACUUCUCCAUUUCGGAGCCUGAAAGGAUUUUCAGUGAGCUCUCCAACAGCAGCUGGUCUGAGAUGUCCCCCUGGGUGAUUGGGACCAACUAUCACCUUUACCCUCUGACCCCGGCCAUAGAGCAGAGACUGAUUCUGCAAUAUUUAACCCCUCUAGGGGAGUACCAAGAGUUGCUGGCAGUGUUUAUGCAACUUGGGGCUCGGGAGCUGCUCAUGUACUACAUUGAUCUUAAGCAGACCAACGAUGUCCAGUUAACGUUUGAGGCUCUUAAGUAUUUGGCCUCCCUGCUCCUUCACAAGAAGUUUGCUGCCGAGUUUGUAGCCCAUGGUGGUGUGCAGAAAUUACUGGAAAUCCCUCGACCCUCCAUGGCUGCUACAGGCGUCUCUUUGUGUCUUUAUUACCUAGCCUACAAUCAAGAUGCAAUGGAGAGAGUGUGCAUGCUUCCCCACAGUAUCCUCUCAGAUGUGGUUGGCUACACUCUCUGGCUGCUGGAGUGCUCUCAUGCCUCUGGGGGCUGCCAUGCCACCAUGUUCUUCUCCAUCUCCUUCUCCUUCCGUGCUGUUCUGGAGCUCUUUGACAAACAGGACGGCCUGAGGCGCCUUGUGAACUUGAUGAGUACCCUGGAGAUUUUGAACCUAGAGGAUCAGGGAGCCUUACUGAGUGAUGAUGAGAUCUUCUCUAGUCGGCAGACCGCAAAGCACACCUGCAUGGCUCUGCGCAGGUACUUUGAGGCACACCUGGCUAUCAAAGUAGAACAGGUAAAGCAGUCCCUGCAGCGGACAGAGGGAGGUGCUCCUGUUCACCCACAACCAUACUACAAGGCAUGCACAUAUACCCACGAUCAGGUGGUAGAGAUGAUGGAGUUUCUAAUAGAGUAUGGCCCUGUGCGACUGUACUGGGAACCAGCUGAGGUCUUCCACAAGCUGUCCUGCAUCCAGCUAAUGCUUCAGCUCAUCUCCAUAGCCUGUGAUUGGAGAACCUACUAUGGAAGGAGUGAUACAGUGAGGUAUGCCCUGGAUGUCCUUGCGAUUCUCACUGUGGUCCCUAAAACGCAGCUCCUUCUGGCUGAGCCUGUGGAUGUACUGGAUGAGAGUGGGUCGACUGUUUCCACUGUGGGUAUGAGUAUAAUCCUCGGCGUUGCAGAAGGAGAGGUGUUUGUGAACGAUGCAGAAAUCCAAAAAUCAGCCCUGCAGGUGGUGAUCAACUGCGUAUGUGCUCCAGAUAAGAGGAUCUCCAGUAUCGGCAAGUUCAUCUCGGGGACACCACGACGCCGGAUGCCACAAAACAACAAGUGCACUGAGAAUGUUCUCACCAAGAUGUGGAAUGUGGUACAGUCUAACAAUGGCAUCAAGGUCCUUCUCUCUCUCCUUACUGUUAAGAUGCCCAUCACUGAUGCAGACCAGAUCAGGGCACUAGCCUGCAAGGCUUUGGUUGGGCUGUCCCGCAGUGGCACAGUGAAGCAGAUCAUUAGCAAGCUGCCUCUCUUCAGCAGCGGGCAAAUCCAGCAGUUGAUGAAGGAGCCUGUGCUGCAGGACAAGCGCAGUGAGCAUGUCAAGUUCUGCAAGUAUGCUGCCGAGCUCAUCGAACGCGUGUCAGGGAAGCCGCUGUUGAUUGGCACAGAUGUCUCCCUGGCCAGGCUGCAGAAAGCCAACGUGGUGGCACAGUCUCGGAUCUCCUUCCCCGAGAAGGAGCUCCUGCUACUCAUUAGGAACCACCUUGUUACCAAAGGAUUACAUGACACUGCCUCUGCCCUGACCAAAGAGGCUGAUCUUCCAAUGGCCAUACACUCUCAUUCCUCCUCCGCUUUCAGUCCUGUAGCGGUAGCACCUGCCUCCUCCCCAGCAGUGCUGCCUCGAACUCCUCGUCUGCCUAAUGGAGUGACCUCGCGUAUAGCCAGCCACUCCUCCAUCUCUGCCACCCCAUCCUCGAGCCACGGCCAAGUCCGGCCCUCUACCUCGCAGACACAGCCACCUGCUGCAGCCCCCCACAGCAACGGCUCGCCUCUGAUUGGCCGUAUAGUCUUCACACGGGAGCGCCCAUCCCCUUGCAACAGCAAGAAACCGAGGGUCCUUCGGCAGAAGUCGGACCACGGGGCCUACAGCCAAAGUCCAGCCAUGAAGAAACAACUGGACCGUCACCUGCCUUCUCCCCCCACCCUGGACAGCAUUAUCACCGAAUACCUCCGGGAGCAGCAUGCCCGCUGCAAGAACCCUGUCACGACUUGCCCGCCUUUCUCCCUCUUCACUCCACACCAAUGCCCCGAGCCCAAGCAGAGACGCCAGGCCCCCACAAAUUUCACCUCCCGCCUCACUCACAGGGUGGUCUACCCCAAGUAUGGAGGGGUGGAUGGAGGUUGCUUUGACAGACAUCUCAUUUUCAGUCGAUUCCGUCCGAUCUCGGUGUUCCGGGAAGCGGAUGAGGAUGAGAGUGGCUUCAUGUGCUGUGCGUUUUCUGCUCGGGAACGAUUCCUGAUGCUUGGGACUUGCACUGGCCAGCUAAAGCUCUACAAUGUCUUCAAUGGCCAGGAGGAAGCCAGCUACAGCUGUCACAACUCUGCCAUUACUCACCUUGAGCCCUCCCGGGACGGCUCUUUGUUGCUAACGUCAGCCUCUUGGACCUAUCCUCUCUCUGCUCUCUGGGGUAUGAAAUCGGUCUUUGACAUGAAGCAUUCCUUUUUAGAUGAUCAUUAUGUAGAAUUCAGUAAACUUUCUCAAGAUCGAGUCAUUGGCACUAAGGAAGAUAUUGCUCAUAUCUACGACAUCCAGUCUGGUCAGAAAAUCCUCACUUUGCACAAUACAGAUCUUGCCAAUAACUAUAAGAGGAACUGUGCAACUUUCAAUCCUACGGAUGACCUGGUGUUAAAUGAUGGGGUUUUAUGGGAUGUGCGAUCUGCACAGGCUAUCCAUAAGUUCGACAAAUUCAACAUGAACAUCAGUGGAGUCUUCCAUCCCAAUGGACUAGAGGUCAUUGUGAACACUGAAAUUUGGGACCUGAGAACCUUCCAUCUUCUACACACAGUCCCUGCACUAGACCAGUGCAGAAUUGUCUUCAAUAACAGUGGCACAGUUAUCUAUGGAGCAAUGCUGCAGGCAGAUGAUGAGGACGACAUGAUGGAACAACAAAUGAAAAGUCCCUUUGGGUCUUCCUUCAGGACGUUUGAUGCCACAGACUACAAACCCAUCGCAACAAUUGAUGUGAAGAGAAAUAUUUUUGACCUGUGUACUGACACCAAAGAUUGCUAUUUGGCUGUUAUUGAGAAUCAGGAUUCCAUGAACAUGGACACUGUCUGUCGGCUCUAUGAGGUGGGAAGGCAACGGCUGGCUGAGGAAGAGGAGGACGAGGAAGAUCAGGAAGAUGAGGACCAGGAGGAUGAUGAUGACGACGAUGAAGACUCUGAUGAUGAUCUGGAUGACAUGGAUACAGACCCUCUCCUAGCAGAACUGGAGAAUGAAAAUGGUGGUGAGGAGGAAGAGGAGGAAGAUGGAGAGCAGGACUUGUCUCCUUCUGAUGAUGAGGAGGUGACGCGCAUGCUGGGGGAAGAUGGGGAGGAUGGUGAGGAGGAUGAAGAUGAUGAUGACUCAGAUGAUAAUGAGGAUGACGUGGAGCUAAUCUUGGAGAAUUCGGACAGCUCGGAUUACUCAGACUUGGAAGACGAUAUUAUCUUAUCUCUUAACGAAUGAAGACGUCACAGGGAAGGUCACUGCUGGAUUCCAAGAACAAAGUCCUGGGAAAUGUCUGUGGAGCAUGGCAAAAAUGGUAACCGAAAUAAAAGUGCAAAAGGAAACGGGGGCAAGACAGGUUCGUCUGAGAUGAGACGUCUGAGACGUCUGAGGUGUCAUAAGCAUUUCCACACAGACUCCAGGAGUCUCCCAGACCAAAGGACCCAUAAGAGGAUGAAAGAGGAUCAGGGGCUAAAGCUAGAGGGGACUCUGCAUCUAGGGAGAAAACAGGUUGGAAUAUUUUGUUAGAGUUUCUUAAAAAGAAAGAUAAUAGUUUUGUAUAAAGUCAUAAGUGGUGUUGAUGCUUAAGAAAAAUAAGUCCCCGAAGAACGUAAGCUUUGUUUUUUCACAUAAAUUAUUUUACACUUUUUUCAGUAUUUUGUGGACUGUUCUUAUUCCAUGAGAACUAUUGUAGAAAGUAUUUCACUGCAGCUCCGCACUGAAAUUUUUUUUUCCUGAUACAUUUCUGUUUGUAAUGAGAGGAGGCUGAAAUGUUACCUUUUCUAAAAAUAAUAUAUUGCCAGUAGGUUUGUCACAAUCCCUGCCCAACUAUGUUGGGGCUGAGUGGCAGUGCUACCCUUUCUGCUGCAGCCUAGCUGUGAGGGUCCCGUUCUGACACAGUGGAAGAGAUUGCUUGUACUUCCUAGUUGGACCUGCAGCUAAAAUUAUAGCGGUCAUCCCAUCUGGCACUCUCUUUCCUCUUUGAAAAUGGACAUAAAAUGAAAUACAGGGUAUUUAGAUUAAGGCUGAGAAACUAGCAAAUAAUGGAAAACUCCCUUUCCCUUUCUGUAUCUGUAAUGAUACUGUCUGAAUUCCUAUUUCUUCUGCAGUCUGACUUGCUUCCACUCUUGAGCAUUCUGUUCCAAGGCUUAGCUGGGAGCAUCUGUGAAGUCAGAUUUCUGACUACAUAGGUCCACAUUGCUUGCUUGUGGUUGAUGUUUCUUACCGUGUGUAAUGUUCAUAAAUCAUACCUCUGAAUAUUUUGAAGCAACAGGGCUUUCCAUGUAAGCUUCACUUUCAGAAUGUGGUCAUAGAAUAUAUAGUUUUUAUCUCUUUCCCUGUCUGUUUAUCUUUGUCACUAGUACAGGUACUAGGGGAAAUGCAGGUAGUUCAAAAUCAUGUUUCUUUGGUAUACGUAUUAAAAUAUUUAAAAAUCAUUUUUUACUUCACUUUUCUGUGAAUUGUCUGAUCCCCUCAGAGAAUUGUACAAAUCCAAGUUAUUAUUUUAAUAUGCCAUCAGCUCAAGGAAGCUUCUUGUAAAAUCUAAAAACAGUGCUGACGUAAAUUGUUAGUGCUGUUGCUUAUCAGAAAUGAAUGUUUUUUUUAAUGAUUCAUUUCUGAAAUACCAGGAUUUGCUUGUCAUUUUGUAAAACAUGUUGAAUACGUAUCUCAAAAGUAAACUAUUCAACUGAUUUCUGACACAAAAAUUAUUAUUUUUGGCCAAUUCAACCAGUAACUGAUUUUACUGACCUUAUGUUUGUCGCUGAUGAAAUCUUACUGCUUAUUCAGACCUUUCACUGUCACUGAUAAAGAAUUGCAACUUUUCUGAGCUCCUUUACUUCUAUUGUGAUAAAGGCAUAGGGCAGCCUGAAGAGCUAGCAGAGGGGACAGAUUAAAAUGUUUUCUUAUGUGCUACUAAAGUUGUACACAUAGAAAAUAUUUCAUAAACACUGCAUUGAGGAGACUUAACAUCUUGCCUUUUUGAUAAUUAUUUGAACUGCUUUGAGUUACUAAUUCAGCUUUAGUAAAUAGUUUGUGGCUUGAUAUUGCAAACUGUAUUUCCCUUUUUGAUCACAGUGUCAGAGUACAAAAACUAAACUGCUUUUCUCAUAGAUUACAUGAUUAUAAUUUCUCCCACAAUUAAUUGGAUUUAUUAUUAACAGAGUGUUGAAUAAAAUGUCCAAAAAAUGUUUUCUGAACUUUUUAGCAGUUUUGAAAGUGGAUUUAUUUUAUUUCUGGAAACACUGGCCCUAGAUGUCAGCUGGGAUGUGAAGUGUGAGAAUAAGGUUUUAUUUCUUAUCGCAAUUGACCUUUAGUCACAUGUGGAAAUCCGGUGGCUGGAAUUAUAAUUAAUAUACAGGCCUCCUUUUAGGAUUAAACUCUUCAAAAUUGCAGAACACCAUCUUCUCCAGUGAAGGGUUUGUCAGAAAGAGUAGUGGAAGAUCUUGAUUCAUUUGUUUGAUUUGUCCCUUUGCUUUUUGGGUGUUUUUUUAAUUGUGUGAGUUUAAUUGUAAUUAAAAAGAGCUACGUCUUUAGAGAUCUUUAAACAGGCCUUGUACAGAAUGUAUCUAAAAUAUUUUUACUAUAAAGUGAAUAAAAAUUUCUCAAAGAUG